CGCCCUCACAGGUGGAUUGUCCCUCCCGGCUCCCGUUGCUCACCCCACUUCCUCCCCUGCCCGGAGUAGCCAUGGCGGCCAUGAGCCUGCUGCAGCGGGCUUCGGUCACCGCGCUGACAGCGCUGUCUGUCCGCCGUGCUGGCGCUAGACUCGGAGUCGGAAGCUUUCUCACACGGAGCUUUCCGAAGACUGUCGCUCCUGUGCGGCACAGUGGAGACCAUGGCAAGAGACUGUUCAUCAUCAAGCCUACUUCAUACUAUGACAGUCGCUUCUUGAGGUUGCUGAAAUUCUACCUUAUGUUGACUGGGGUUCCAGUUCUAAUUGGCAUAACGCUGGUGAACAUAUUUAUUGGUGAAGCUGAACUUGCAGAAAUCCCAGAAGGCUACAUCCCAGAACACUGGGAGUAUUACAAGCACCCAAUAUCAAGAUGGAUUGCCCGAACUUUCUAUGAUUGUCCCGAAAAGAAUUAUGAAAAAACCAUGGCUAUCCUCCAGAUUGAGUCUGAAAAGGCUGAAUUGAGGUUAAAGGAGCAGGAAGUUCGAAGACUGAUGCGGUCCCGGGGUGACGGGCCCUGGUUUCAGUACCCAACCCUUGAGAAGGAAUUCAUUGAUCAUUCUCCAAAAGCAACUCCUGACAACUGAUCCAUUUGUCUAAGAACAGCAUGUUCUUUCUAGUAGAAAGAAAUGAAUAAAUAUUCUGUAUUUUUGCUCUGGUGCA